AUGGCCGGCCGAUACGAAAGGGUGAGUUGCUCUGAUGCGAUGCUCCCAUCCGCCGCUCCCAUCCGCCGCUCCGCUGCUGCGACGCGCUCUCGCCGCCACGACCCUUGGCUGACCGACCCGACCCCCGGCUUGCAGGUCCACGACGACCACGACGACGACCUCGUUUCGCCGACGGCGCCGAGGCCCAACGUCGUCCCCAGCUCGCCGCCGCCCUCGUUUCGCUCCCGAUCCUCCUCCCCCGUCCGCUCCCGUCCCGUCGACGCGGCCCUCGCCGACGCCUUCGACUCGGACGAUGACAGCGACGACGAGGCCGACGACAGGCAGCGGCUCGUCCGCCAGAGCGUCGCGACGACGGGCUCCAUAAGCAGCGUCGUCUCGCCGCCCGCCGCCUUCUUCGCCCAGACGACCCCCGCCGCCGCCGGCUCGAGGACGAGAUACGUCGGCGGAGGCGUCGGCACCGACGGCGUCUUCGCCAACAUGUCGGCGAGGCCGGAGCUCGCGAGCACGGAAAAGGACGAGCAGCCUCCCUCGUACGAGCAAGCCGCCGCCGACGCGGCCCCGCCGUACUGGGAAACGACCAUCAUCGCCCCCGGCUUCGGCGGCCUCGACGAGGUCUACGUCGACGGCAUGCCCGUCGGCUCCGUCUUCUCCUUCAUCUGGAACGGCAUGAUCUCGACGUCCUUCCAGCUCGUCGGCUUCCUGCUGACCUACCUGCUGCACUCGACGCACGCGGCCAAGAACGGCUCGCGCGCCGGCCUCGGCAUCACCCUCAUCCAGUACGGCUUCUACAUGAAGGGCGCCAGCUUCGGCGAGUCGCCGCGCAUGAGCGGCCCCGACGGCUACGCCGCCCCGCCCGACCCCAACGCCCACGACUUCAAGGCCGGCGACGUCACCGGCGCCGGCCGCAACGAGGUCACCGGCUCCGACUGGCUGGCCUACCUGCUGAUGAUUGUCGGCUGGUUCAUCCUCAUCAAGAGCAUCGCCGAGUUCUGGAAGGCCCGCCGCCACGAGCAGCUCGUCAUGCAGAGCCCCGAGCGCGGCCUCAACGUCGCCAUAAUCGCCGACGGGGAGACGGCCGAGCGCGUCGUCUGA